AUGGCGUUUGAGGACGAUGACGAGGCCAUGUCUGGUCGCUCCGGCGGUGAAGAAGAUGAUGUCGAAUGCGUGUACGACGACAGGAGGUCCAAGCCAGGACUUCGAACUGGGGCAGUGGAGAAUCUCAGUCAGCGAGUCGCAACUCUCGAGAACAUGUUUCUAGGCCAAGGAGUGCUUUGGCAGCAAGUUUUCAAUGCCUUGAGCACUGCGACUCAUCACAGCUCUACCAGUCCUAGCCAAGAGGAGUCAUCAAACACGUCGCUCAACGAAACGGCUGCUUCGCUGAAGAACACUCUCGCAACCCUUGCUGAAGGUGGGGAGCCGGCGAUGGCAACUCUCGCAGCUUGGCGCCCCAAGAAUCCGGAAACACAGACGACAGCGCCCAAAGAAAAUAUCCGCGCUAACGCCAAGCUAGACUCCGUGUUUGAUGAUUCUCUCCUCCCUGAGGCGGACCUCGUGGACAAUCUUGUUGAAAUUUACUUUGCGAAUAUCCACCCCUGGAUCCCGAUGCUGCAUGUCCGCCAAUUUCGCGAGCGCAUGCUGGAUCCCGAACAAAGACCGCAACUGAGUACGAUAUUCCAUGCCAUUGUGAGCCUCUGCGCGAGAUUCUCCCAGGAUGCCCGUCUUGGUUCUCCCGAGGAAAAGACUCGGUACGCAAAACGAUGUCGGCAGUUCGUUAUCUUGAACAGCAUGGAAUCUUUCUCCGUGGAAAAUUUACAGGCGUUGACGAUAAUUGCGUUUGAUACUAUUGGAAGCGGCCGAGGGCCCUCUGCAUGGUCAAUCGUUGGAAGCAUGACGAGAACGGUGGAACAACUGCAACUCAGCGUGGAAGACGAAGACCAGCCACCGGCUUCGAAACGUCUCAUCAAGAGAAUGGAAUUCCUGAAACCCUGUCGAUUUUGGAGUGAAAGAGAAGAGAGGCGGCGAGUGUUCUGGAACAUCUUCCUAAUGGACCGGUUCUGCAGCAUCGCGACUGGAUGGAACUUCUCCUUGACCAGUGCAGAUGUCAAGAGACGCCUUCCGUGCGAAGGUGCCCUCUGGGAGGCCGGCAAGCCGCUCCAGACACCGACUCCGUAUUUCGGUGUUGCUGAUCAGUCAAGCGGUGCCACCGGAACACUCCCGUCCGCGAGACCUGAAGAAGCGGCCCAAGACUCGCUGGGAGGGUUUGCGUACUGUAUCGAGGCCACCGAAAGCCUCAGUCUGGUCACGUCAUUCUUCCUCCAGCAAGCGAUCGAUGUCUCAAAGCCCCAUGAGAUACAGGUCUGGCUGAUGAAGUUCAAGCAGCUUGACUUGCGUCUAGUGCAAUGGAAGAUAUUCCUGCCCGAACAAUGGCGUGAAGCAUGCGUCCUCAACAACGAUGGGAUCAUGGACCCCAAUCUGUCCUUGGCUCACGUAACGCACAAUACCGCUGUAGUUCUCCUCCACCAGGGCAUUGCCUACCCAUUGCCCGAAUGGCAAUCCACCCGCAUCCGAUUACCAUCCGCCUCUAGCUCAGAAACAUGUCUCGCAGCUGCUACAGAGGUCGCGAUCAUAGCCGAGAAGUUUCUCCAGGACUCGCAGCACGUCGUUAGUCCUCAAUUCGCUUUCUGUCUUUUCAUUUGCGGACGCAUGUUCCUGGCGCAUUCACUCUACUACAGCGUGACGCUGCCAGGUGGCUUUGAUUCGCUGGUGGGGAGCUUGCGGACGAUAGCAAAGAGGUGGAAUGGCCCUGGCGACACGUCGGAGAACCUGGCUUCGAAGUUUGCAGGGAGGCUUGUCCAAGCUCGUCAACAAGGCCAUGGCAUGUUGGACAUCAGGCAGGCUGUAUACUCGGAUGACAGGCACGAAACAUCCUCUCCGCUGUCCGGCAACAGUCUAGGGCCGCCCGGCGCCGUCCGUUCCGGGGCGGAUCAUCCCAACAACGGCUUCUCUCCGAGGCCUGGCGGUGCGUACGUGGACGGAUUCGGCGCCUCUGCUGUGGAUUUUGAUCAAGAAGCGUCUCCUGACAGCAUUUCCAUGGCCUUCCCCCCACUUCCUCUGGCUUUCCAUGCUCAGAACCCCAGCAGAGGGCCUACAGCAAUGCCAUCGCCUGUUCCAGCGAAUCUGCAAUCUCAUCUGAGCGCCUACGAUCAUUAUGAUAUGGGGGUUCCGAACGGUCAAGGACCAAAUAUGGUUGGAGAAUUUGAGGACCUCAAUGCUUACCUUGACUACUCUUUCCUGCCGAAUCAACGGGUGAGCAUGUUUUCUGGGGCGGCGGAGAAGGAGUAA